UUUUGGAUCAACACCCCUAUUCACUGAAUAGAUUCAUCCGAUGACCCUGUUGACCUGACAAAAUGGCUACAGGAGUGUUUUCAGUACAUGCUGGGAGGUUUUUAGGGCGGAUUUUUGCCCCUAUGCAGACGAUAGAGCGACAGAUGGCAGCAGCAAGAAAAAGAUUCUACAAGAAUGUUUCCAUCAGUCAAUCCAAUGGCAUGUAUGAGAUCAACCUGGACAGGAGAAAGUUGAAAACACCAAUGAGCAGGCUGUUCUCAGUACCCAAUGAGCCAAUCGCCAUCGCUGUUGCAACAGAAUGGGAGGCACAACAUAAAGAAAUCAAAAUGUCACACAUGCACAUGACACAGCUGUGUAAUACGGCCAUCGACAACCCAAGCAAGAAGACACCACAGCAGAUAGUUGAUGACAUCUUGUCGUUUCUUGAGACAGACACAAUCUGUUACAGAGAAGAGAGUCCAGUAGAGUUAGCAGAGCUAGAGGAGAGAGAGUGGGAGCCCCUUCUGGACUGGGUUAGACAAAGAUAUGACAUCCAGCUACAGUCCAGUACCAGUAUCCACGGUCCAACCAUUCCUAAAGCCACCAAGUCAACAUUAAAGAAGCAUCUUCUCCAUUUCAACCACUGGUCUCUUGUAGGUGUGACAAGCUUGGUAGAGACUCUGAAGUCAGUAGUUCUAAGUCUAGCUCUGAUGGACAAACAUCUCACAGUGGAGAAAGCAGUUGCACUGGCCAGGCUAGAGACAGAGUUUCAGAUCAUGAGAUGGGGGAAUGUGGAGUGGGCCCAUGACAUGGAGCUGACUGACCUGAGAGCCCGGGCAGCGGCCUCGGCACUCUUCAUCCACUACAACUCUGAACGGGUCACCACUAUGGAAAAGGCUCCCUCUUGGAGUGCAUAACUCAGAGGAGACAGACAUACUCUCCAAGCAAAUUUUCGGCUUAGGCUGUUUUUAGACGAUUUUUUAGGCAUUUUUAUUGGGCUUACUGCUUUGUAACAUUUUCUUUGUGUCUUCCGGUAUAAAGAAAACGGGACAAAAUAGAAAGCUUGAUUAGAUAUCACAAUGCAUAAAAAUGUCUAAAAACAGCCAGAGCCAAACUUCUGCUUGGAGAGUAAGACAAACCCAUACUGCUACUCGUUAGACUGUUUUCUCUUCAACUAUUUUAGAGUUACUUUGAGACUGAGUGAAAUAAAGUGUUAGUGUUACAAUUUCA